AUGAUUAGAGAUGACAACGAGGUUCACCGAGAUCAUAGGAUGCAAUGGGAAUCAUGUAUUCCUCUCAAGGUGAAAAUGUUCAUUUGGCAUGCCAAGAUGGAGCGAAUCCCUACUAAACUGGCUCUUAUUAGAAGAAGGAUAAACAUUCAAGAUGUUUCUUGCAGUCUGUGUGAGACAGUGGACGAGGAUGUGACAUAUUUAUUUACAGGUUGUGGCUUUUCGUUUGGGGUGUGGUCCGCAGUGAGGAAUUGGUGCAAAAUAGCUCCGAUUUUUGCUUUUGAUUUCAAGGAUUUGUUGGCCAUUCAUAAUCAAGUUCAAGGAGACAAAUGGGCGAAAAAAGUUGUUAAAGGUAUUGUUAUGAUUACCUGUUGGGCUUUAUGGAAGGUGCGAAACUCAAAGGUUUUCGAGAGAGUUAAUCCGAAGGUUAUUGAGGUAGUCGCGAUGGUCAAGUCUUUGUCUUUUUUUGUGGCUGAAAAACAGGUCUAG